AUGGGCUUCAGGCGCUUUUGGGCUUUGCUUGCAGUUGCAGCGGCCACCGAGCUGGCCGAAGAUGAUGAGUGCGCAGUUGGGUCAGAGUGUGCAUUGAAUGCAAUGCAGCUCCGUGGCCUCCUGAAGUCUGAGGAGGCAUCCAACAGCUCUGAGAGUCAAGAUGACCCGAAAUGCGCAAGCCUAAAUGACCCGGCCAAUUCCGUUUGUGCGCCCGUUGUGCGUUGGGCAUCAAAAGGAGGCCGAUAUGACCCGCAUGCUGACAACUGGUUCAAGGACAUGCAGGCGAUUUCUGGUGUGGAUUACAAAUCCGCAAGCGUGGGAGACUGGCAGAAGCUCUAUUUUUGUGCGCCUCCGGGUGGAAAACAAUGCGGAACACCUCCAUGCCAGUGCAGCAACCCUCCAUGCGGCGUUUGCUUCCAAGGAAAUGCGGCCACAGGUGCCAACAAAGCUGAUUGCGAUAGCCCGGGCAAAAUUUCCUGCCAGCCGCCGAAGAAAGCCUUGGACUACAAUGGCAUGGCAUGGGAUGAUAUGACAGUGUCUGGUGUGGGCCCCUUCCACGUCUUUGCCAUUGGUGAUUGGGGAGGCAUGGAUGGUUCCCUCAGGCCUAUUGAGGGCAGGCCGGAGUUGAUCGCAUAUCCACAGGGUGCCAAGUCCGGACCAAGCGUCUUUCCUCGAACGCGAUGGAACAAGCAACACACCAAGGAGCUCUGCGACCACAAGGCCUUUGUCAGAUGCUACACGACGAUGGGUGUUGGCUGCGACCCUGGAUGUGGCUUCGUGAAGGGCAUUGAUGACCAGCCACAAACCCUUGUUGCCUCAGCCAUGAAGAUGCAUGCUGCGAAGAAGGAUCCUGCCUUCAUCCUGAAUGUUGGAGACAACUUCUAUUGGGGUGGCAUUGAGAAGAACUGUGGAACCCCCAUGAACGAGCUGAGCUACACGGCGCACCAUCAGUUUGACCAGAUCUUUGAGGGAAUCUACCAGGGGCAAGGCCUGAGCGGCAAGGUCUGGCUGAGCGUCCUGGGGAAUCAUGACUGGGGAGGCCGUGUUUUCAACAAUGGCUGGGAUCAGCAAAUUGCCUACACCUGGAAGAGUGCACGAUGGAGAUUGCCUGCGGCAUAUUGGAGCCAGCACGUGGACUUCCCAGAUGCUGGAUUUACUAUGGACAUUUUCAUGGUGGACUCCAACGCCAUGGAUGCAAAAGACUUAGACAAGGACUCGGAACACAACAUUUGCGGAGCAGCUCACAAUCCUCCUGGAGCCAAUUGCGCGGCUGCAGGUGGCCCUGAAUCACUGGCCACUUGCAAGCAGUGGUUCUGGGACCUUUGGGCGGCCAACCAGGCCUGGCUGGCAGAGGGUCUAAGCAAGUCCACGGCAGACUGGCAAGUGGCUUUGACUCACUUCCCCUGUGGUCACGAGUCGAGCUUCUGGGUCGGCAUGCACCAGCAGCACGGCUUGGACUUGUUGGUCACCGGACAUCGGCAUGACCAAGAACUCUGGAGCCCCAACAGGCUAGGCGGUCUGACUUGCUUCGUGACCGGUGGCGGUGGCGGCAUCUCCUCAGAGGCCACGCCAAACAUUCACAACAAGAGGGAUUGGUACGGAGAGGCUCAAUAUGGAUUUUAUGACUUGUUGGUGUCGAAGAGCAACAUCAAGAUCACCUCCAUCAACUGGAUCCUUGGCCGUGACGAGGUCUCGGCCGUGGUUGGGGAUUUCUUCGGCCUAAAGACCUGCGCAGCCCUUUUCAGUGCGUUUUGUAGCAGCCUUCUGAUCGGAAAGAUGGGCUCACGGUCUGCGCUGCGAGUCUACGCGUGCGCACCGAUCCUGAUGCUUGCAGGAAUAGGUCGUUGUGAGCAGGCUGGCGGAGAAAUGGCCUUCGUUUUGUCGGAGCAGACCAGGUCUUGGGCCGCGCAGAACCCCGUGCCAAUUCCUGCUCCUUUGAGUCACACAAGCGGAUUGUCCGAACUUCUGCAGAACUUCUUGGGCAACCCUGCAUUGUGGGGCCCCUUGCUUUUUUUGGUGGUCUACAGUGCAGGACCGGGCUAUGAUGAUAGCCUAUAUUUUUUCUAUAUCAAUCGGUUGAGAUUUCGUCCCACAGCUGUGGGACGGCUUAAAAUGGCACAGGAGCUCGCAAAGCUCCUUGGGAUCUUGAUGUACCGCUACGGCUUGCGGCGCAUCCCAGAUAGGCAGUUGGUGGUUGGGCUUACAGCAGUGUCCUUGCCCUUGUAUUUGACACCAUUGCUGCUCACCACUGGUGCUUAUCAUAGCUUUCCUGUCAGCCCGCAGACCCUCGCUGUGUCUGGCGAGUUAGUUCGAGAGGUGGUUCUGCACAUGCAGGUCCUUCCAGUGUUUUCGCGCUUUGCUGACCUGGGGCCUUUGGGGCUAGAGAGCACCAGUGUCUCCUUGUUGUAUUCGCUGUUGCAAACCUCGCGGGCGAUCAACAAGGUGACUUCUGCUGGCAUGUCCCACCUGCUCGGGGUUACUGCGCACAACUUUAAUCACCUCUCCUUGCUCAUAGUCGUAUGUGGUGCUUGUGCCACGGUGCCGCUGCCUUUGGCAAAGUAUAUCCCAGAGGACGCAUCGGCAUGUCCACUGUUUGCCGAUGAGAACGAAAGCACGACUCCAGCGACAGAGCAGCUUUGUUUGCCGAGGGGUGCACUGACUGGUUUGGAACGGGAAGACGAGGACCACUUUGACCUUCGUCUACCCGAAGCAGUUCGUCUUCGUGAGGAGAACUGCCAAGGCGACAAUGCAGGUUGCCAAAGAUGCACCUUCUCGCGGUCAAGUCCAAGGCGGUCAUCCAGUGAUGCCAUGCCUGCGGGCUGA